GCCUCACAGAGAGAGAACACACCCUGCCUGGCUCUGCAAGGGAAUUCCAGUGCGACAGAUUACAAGCAUGAAGCUGCUUGGAGCUGCCCUUCUCUCCCUGGCUGUGUUCAGCAUCUGCACCACAAAUGAAGAUACAAGCUGCUCAGGGACCAUGCUGUGAACAUGCUGCCAGGCUUGAGAAUUCCAUAGUCAUAGGUCACGUGGCUGCAUUUAGUGGCAGGGGAACACGAACAAGAGAAGCUUGAGUGAGGAAGUUGCUGCCCUGUAAGCAUGAGAUGCUCCCACCGCUGGCUAUAUUAGGGAUUACUGCUGACAUGGGGAGGACAGCACAAGAAAAUUCAUCUAUGACUCCACCAUCCAACACUGUUCAGUCAACUGCAGCACAAGAAAAUUCAUCUAUGACUCCACCAUCCAACACUGUUCAGUCAACUGCAGUUUCCAGUGAUUCAACCAUUACUAUAAACAGUAGUAUAAAUGUCUCAGUUUCCAGUGAUUCAACCAUUACUAUAAGCAGUAGUACAAAUGUCUCAGCACAAGAAAAUUCAUCUAUGACUCCACCAUCCAAAACCAUUCAUUUAACUGCAGCACAAGAAAAUUCAUCUAUGACUCCACCAUUCAAGAGCAUUCAGUCAACUGCAGCACAAGAAAAUUCAUCUAUGACUCCACCAUCCAAUAGCAAUAAGUCAACUGCAGUUUCCAGUGAUUCAACCAUUACUAUAAACAGUAGUACAAAUGUCUCAGCAGGGAAAACUGAAUCACUGCCAGGGAGUUCUGUGACGGCAACAUCAGACUCCACUUGGAUGACGGCUGGCUCACACUGGACAUCACCAUUAACACCAAGUCCUGGCAGUCCUGGUAGCAAUGACAAACAAGCGGAUAAUGACCAGUAUUCCAAUAUUAUUUUGCCAGUUGUGAUUGCCUUGAUAGUAAUAACCCUUUCUGUGUUCAUUCUGGUGGCUUUGUACAGAAUGUGCCGGAGGAAAACCACAGAGGGACAAGAGACUGGAACUGAACAAGCCACAACAGAUAAAGAGGGUGUCAAACUUCUUUCUGUAAAGACAAAGACAACUUCUCCUGAGACGGGUGAACACUCCUCUCAGGGAAAGAAUAGAACUCACCAACAUGAUGAAUCCUCCUCACACCUGGGCAAUAAAUAUAUGUGAAGCUGCCUCUUUUGCCACAUUAUAAAGGAACUGCCCUCUGAAGUUAUAGUUCCACAGGGGACAUGUGGAUCAGCUGCAGCUUCCUAUAGACAGGAAGAAUAUUUGUGUUAAUUGUUCUAUGAUUAGCUCUUAAUUUCCAUACUUUAAAUGCCUCAUGUUUUCUGCUGGAAAGACUCUUGUGUUUUCUUAAUGGCUACAUAACUGGUGUACUGUACAUAUUUAUUAUUUCUACACAUAUUAAAGCAGAGAAACUUUCAGAAAUGAUACAAAUAUUGUAAAAAUCUGGUGGUGUGUGGCUAAUAAUGAUGUCUUUCUUGUAUAUAGAAAUGUUUUCUUCCCAUACAGGAAGGAAUAUGUUAAUAUAUUUUCUUAUAUGCUCAAUAAAUAGUCUUCUGAAAUCAUAUGUAGUAGAUUGCAAA